CCUUCAAGUCAAGGUGCAUUGGCUUCCGCUUCAGCGGCGACAAGGAGUAGUGGAUCUAGUCGUAAUAUGACGAUAUCCGCAUCUUCAGCUGCCAAAGCACUUUCAAGUGCUGCACAAAUGCAAAAGCCAAGGCAAUCGAAAUUGUCUUCUCCUUUGAACCCUUUCAAGAAGCAGUAUUCAUCUCACGUUCCUUCUUCCUCCCUCGUUUCUGUUAGCACUUUGCCAAACGGCGUUCGUGUUGCCACAGAUGGAACACCAGGACACUUUUCUUCUUUGGGAAUUUAUAUCGAUACAGGUUCACGAUUUGAACGUCCUUGGAUUCAAGGUGAAAGUGGCGUAAGUCAUUUGAUCGAUCGUAUGGCAUUCAAGAGUACAUCUCAGAGAUCUUCAGAUGAAAUGAUUCGCGAUAUGGAAAAAGCAGGCGGAAAUAUCAUGUGUUCAUCUUCGCGUGAAACAAUCAUGUAUCAAGCAGCAACUUACGGUCACAGUGUUUCCGACGUUUUAUCUAUUCUUUCGGAUACCGUUCUCAAUCCAAGAUUGACGGAAGAAGAAUUGUUGGAACAAAAAGAAGCAGCUGCUUGGGAGAUCAAUGAGAUUUGGAAUAAACCUGAGAUGAUUAUUCCCGAGAUGCUACACUCUGUCGCCUACAACAAUGCAACGCUCGGAAAUCCUCUCUUAUGUCCUAUGGAAUCGCUGCAAGUGAUGACUUCUGAAAAUUUACAAAACUUCCGUCAAGCUUGGUUUACGCCCGAACGUAUCGUUGUUGCAGGAGCAGGAGUUGAACAUCAAGCAUUGCUGGAAAGAGUAGAAUCCUUGUUUGGACAUUUGACAGGAAAUUCUUCAGCAGAUAGUGCUUCUGCCAGCGCAAGUAGCAGUAGUAGCGGCAGAUCGUCUUCAAGUAGAAGCAACAGCAUCUCAUCUUUGCUAUCUUCUGUCUCUUCGGCAUCCACAGCAUCCUCCGUCGCUCAAAUCUAUCCUACCCAGGCAGAAGUUGCACAGGCCCAAGCUCUAUACACAGGCGGAGAAUUGUAUGAAGAACGAGGCGAUAUGGACUUUACACAUUUAUACGUCGCAUUCGAAGGACUGUCUAUACGAGAUGACGACAUCUAUGCUUUGGCUACCCUUCAAAUGCUUUUGGGCGGUGGUGGCUCGUUUAGUGCAGGUGGACCUGGUAAAGGAAUGUACAGUCGUCUGUAUAGCAACGUUCUCAACCAACAUCACGCCGUUGAUUUCUGUGCUGCUUUCCAUCACUGCUAUGCUGACUCUGGUCUGUUUGGUAUUGCAGCAAGUGUGGAUCCCAGCUUCAAUCGUCACAUUCCCGGAAUCAUCGCAAACGAGUUGAAUCUAGUCUGCUCUCCCGGUGUCACAGGAUCGAUCAAAGCACAAGAAUUGCAACGGGCAAAGAAUCAACUAAAGAGUAGCUUGGUGAUGGCAUUAGAAAGUCGUGUUGUUCAAGUAGAAGAUGUUGGAAGACAAGUACAAGUGCACGGAAGGCGAGUAAGCGUAGAAGAGAUGUGUGAAAAGAUUGAUGAAGUUGAUUUGGAACAAUUGACAAGAGUUGCUAGACGUGUUUUACGACCUGAAAAUGCAAGUGUGAACGUUUUGGGAAGUGGACAAUCUUCCGUCGUUGCUAUGGGUAACUUGAACGGAAUGGGAGACGUACGUACAAUGCUACGAAAUCGCGGACUUGGUCUUUAGAAAUAGACAAAACAAACACAAUCACCUCUCUUACACGAUACGACAGCUUAGGUAAUCCAUGCGUAGGAGUCAGAGUGAAGUCUCAGGCUUGACAUCCAGAUAGUUUAGGAUUCUGAUCCUAACUCGCUUGCUUGCCUCUGUGUUCAUCAGCGUCAAAUUCUGUCAUCUGCACAAUGAGAAUUCAUUCUGCCCACUGUCAUGCAUACCCUCUAACCUUCCUUCGUUCCAUCAUCAUUGUUGAACAUUGUAUCAUAAUUUAUUAUACGCAAAAAUUUCAUUUUAAAGCAUUU